AUGCUUCGUCAUGAUAAACGAGACGAAGAAGCGGGUGGUCCCGGUCUAGGAAUUUUGAAGACGCGCAAACGUACUCGAAGGGCUGGCGAUGGCACGAUUGUUGUUCGCCCAUCACAGCGAGAGAUCAGAUCAGCGGCACUAUCUGCAAACUCCACUGCAAGCUCCGAUCGGGGAAUGACUGAAGAUGGUGAAGAUUUUGCGGACCAGGAACCUCUGUCACCCCCUGUUUCUGGCACGGAUCCAACUUCCCUCUCCAUCGAUGAGAAUGAUCCAUUCCUUGCACCGAUGAUGCCAGCAGGGCCAUUUGAGCCAUACGUUGAGCCAAUGCCUGGGCAAUUUGAUGCAGCAGAUGGAUCUUUCAGUGUUGGCCUGGACGGCAUGGGAGACUUCUUUGGAAUGGAUACAGCAACCGAUUUCAAUCUUCCUUUUGCCGCAACCUGUAACUAUAACUGGUUGUUUGAUGUCGCCUCUCUUGACGAUGCUUUCCAUCAUUUCGAUUUCCCCUUGGGAUUUGACACUGGGCCAUUCUCAGACGGAAUGGAAUCAUUUAAUACCCCCGGAAAUGACAAAUACGACGGUCCUUCAGCUCUAUUGGAGGUUGCCUCCAUGAUGAACAAAAAUCACAACGCAGAAGAGGUAUUAACAAAUGUUCUGCCGGACCUUGUGGAGAUGGAUUGGAUGUCAGGAUCAUCUUACUUGGGGUCCAACCCACCCCAGCGCCUACCACGACUGAGCGAAGAUGCUAGAACAGGGAUCCUAUCCAUUGUGAUUCAAACAGAUCCUAUGGGUAUUGAUGGACAGCCGAUGACAUUGCAUUCACCAUUGCUUACUCUGGGCGCACUGCAGAAUUACAGCGAUUUAUUCUUUACCCGUUUCAAUGUGACCUACCCGCUUAUUCACCAGCCAACAUUCAAUCCAAGUAUGGUCGAUCCUAUUCUACUCGCAUCAAUUAUUUUUAUGGGGGCGACUUAUAGCAGUCGCGAGGCACAUCAACUGGCUGUGGGGGUUCACGAUAAACUUCGAAUCCAACUUCUCGGUCAUCCAGAUUUUUCGACCCAGCCCGACCUUUGGGUAAUACAGACAAUGCUUCUAAUUGACUGUUUUGGAAAGAUGAGAGCGGGUCCGAAACAGAGAGAAAAGGCCCAGCUUUUCCACUGUGUUUUGAUCAAACUCAUUCGUCGUAGUAGCUGCUGCAAUAUUCAAGACUCGUCCCAUUUGGCUCAAUUAGAAGACUUAGAGCAAGCAUGGAGGCAGGCCAUGGAGCUUGAACAAAGGAAGCGACUUGGCAUGAUUUGUUUCAUGUGGGAUACGCAACAUGCGGUCUUAUUUUCACAGUCACUCUGCAUGUCUGCUUUUGAGAUCAGAUCGUCACUACCUUGUAGUAGUGCCGCAUGGGAGGCAUCGUCGGCCCGAGAAUGGGCCCAGUUAGCCAUUCGCGAAAAAAGUCGCCCAUUCCUGCCUGUUUUGAAGGGAUAUAUCACACCACAAGCUUUGCCUCGUCCUCGUGAUCUCAAUGCACUCGGUCGCACGGUCAUCUUGCAUGGUUUGAUGUCUGUUUCAGCAGACCUUAAACGUCGUGAUCAAACUACACUUCGAUCGGAAACACCCGAAAGAGUUGGAGCUUGGACUCCUCGCAUGAGUCGCUCGUAUGAUCUUUGGAAGGUGGACUUUGACGCUGAUUGUCUUUCUAUGAAGUUGGCCCAAACAGCAGAUCCCCGGCGUUUUACUGGCCUUAAGAUGGCCGCAAAUUCCCUCUACCAUGCCGCAUGUCUUGCCUUGAACGUGGAAGUGUUAGAUUUACAGAUCGUUGCAGGUGCAGACCAGAUACUCGGGCGCACUAUUACCCCAGCUGAUCAAUCGCGAUCUCAGCGUAAUAUUCUUCGUUGGCUACAUGAAGACUCCGGGGCAUCAUCCGCUGCUGCACGACAUUCGUCUACUCUACUUCAGGAUGCUGUUCUCAGUCUUCAUGACUGGGACCAGACUGAUGCAUUUCACUUUCCAUGGUGCUUGUACUUGGCGACUUUAGCUUGCUGGGUUUUCCAUCGUGGAAUGGACCUUUCGUCAUCAGAGCAUCGCAUGACUACGGAUCUAUCUUCGUUAAUUGUGAUGAUGACAAAUUGUCCCAGUGAGACAGAACUGGCUGCGUUGUCAGGAAAAUACGAUCCUAAGCCACUAGCAGCUGCAAUGGCACAGCAAUUGGCUACGGUACGAUGGGCGGUGGUGCACGAUGCAAUGAAAGUUUUAGUAAGGUUGUCUUAA